ACGAAUACAUCCUCUUCUCUGAGCAGAAAGUCGACGACUUGUUCCCAGUUCCAGAAAGCACACCGCUUUCGUCUGUUUGUCUUGUGUUUCGUGAAGAAAUUGGAAAAUUGGAGAUGAGGGGUCAAGAUUUGAGGCCCACUGUCUCUUCUCUCAAGCGUCCGCGUUUCCCUGAUUCCGAUUCCGAUGAUGCCGUUACGGUUUUGGGUGAUACGGUCAAGAGGCAGAGGACUCAUGAUUCGGAUGAUGAUCUUUUGGUAAUGGAGGACUCAAUUAGGGAGCUUGAUGAUCUACUUCAUCACGAGGGGUCCUCAAGCAGCACCACCGAAGCAAAUGAUUGCUUGGAUGAUGAUCUGUUAAGAUCCUUAAUUGACGAGUUUGAGCUUCUGCCUGAUUCUGCUGUUGCGGCCUCUGCUGCAGACGAGGCUGCCGUUGUGCCUCGGCUGACUACUAAUCUCGGUCAUCAUCAUCACGAGAUUGAGGAGGGGCCAAGAACCGCGGAUGAAAGAGCGUUGGAUGAUGAGGAGGACUUGAUCACUGAAUUUUUUAAUCAUAUUGGAGGAGAGGAUGAUGAAGACCCAAAUCAAGAUCAUGUGCAUCAAGCUACUGAGCCUGAUCACACUACUCUGCUCAUCACCAUCAUCCCGUUCCCUCCUUUUCAAAUCAUUAUUUUGCCAGUUGUGGUUGGAAACAUAGAGAGGCCACGGGCCUCGGUUCUCCAUUUUCUCUUGAUUUGCUUGCUCACCAUCAUCAUCAUCUAG